AUGUUGGAACUUGCCGACGCCAUUCCAGUACACACACAAAUCCCUCCACCUCCUCCACCCGAAGUUCAGGUUCAGGCCCCAUCAAUUAUCGAUACACCUCACUUCAAUCCCUCAUGGGGCUAUGAUCUGAACCUAUUAUCUCAUGCUGCAAGCCAUGUCGCUCUGGAAGGCCAACAGGAGAGCUUAGAGUCAAUGAGAAAACCCUCGCACACAUCUGCGCCGACUGCACAACCGAUCCAUCACGUUCAAGAGAGAGCGAUUGCCGAUAACUAUGGUGUAGAACCUUCAAUUCUUGAUCUUACUGAUCUUGGAGAUCCUGUCCAGGAUUUUACAGUUUUCCUUGAAAGUGUGGGUCUGUCUUCUGAUUGGGACUCGGGCGUAUUCUCGUCGGUAGAGGAACCCAUGCUACCACCAAGUAUGACGAUGGAUUCCAAACCACCCCGUGAGACAUUACCUACGCGACUUGGAGGCGAUCUUAUGAACGACUCGCGAGGCGAUGACCAGCCAUCAUUUUCGAAUUUUGGAUCCCGGCUUCCAUCAUUGCAACCGGAAUCGCAUGAAAUGGACGAUCGUAUUGGCCUCGCCGAUGAUAGCACGCGACCAGCGUGGGACAUCUCCAAUUCAGACCGUCAGGUAUUUCUCUCCAAACUCGAGGAGUUCUCAUAUGUUCUUCCGAAAGGAUUCGUUCCGCCAUCACGACAUGCCCUAUCUCGGUUUUUUGCCGGCUAUAUCAACGGGUUGAACGAACAUCUUCCAUUUAUACAUGUUCCGACGCUUUCUGUCGCUAAGUGCUCCCCUGAACUUACGCUAGCGCUGGCAGCAGCAGGCUCGCACUAUCGAUUUGAAAAUAGCCGGGGCAUUGAUCUAUUUCAUGCCGCCAAGGCAAUCUUGUUAGAGCGACUUCGUCGACGAGACAGCAAACAAGUACCUCAGCCAUCAUGGAAUUAUAUUUCCCCACCGUCUGGGUUUCACAACUCUCGCGGCUCAUCCAUGAUUUCAACGGCAAGCAGCCCGUUUCAGCAUCAACAAAUGCAGAAUCCCCCUGUUAACGCGUCAAUCUAUACACUAGAUGACUCAGAUGCUCACAUGGAAGUAAUCCGAACAUUCUUGUUGCUGACUGUCUUUGCCUCGUGGGAAAGACACCCAGAGCUCUUGCGGGAAAUUCUCUCGCUUCAGAGUACCUUGGCGAGGCUUGUGCGUGAGCAUGGCUUGUCUGAACCCCCUCCCACCGCUGAGCCUAUUAGCUGGGAAGAGUGGGUACGGAGAGAAGGCAACAGACGCACCAAGCUCAUUGUUUACUGUUUCUUUAACCUCCACUCGAUCAUGUAUAACAUCCCUCCCUUAAUCCUAAACGGGGAGUUGAAAUUGAACAUGCCAUCUUCCCAUGAUCUUUGGAAAUCGAGCAAUGCCCCCCAAUGGCGCCGUGUGAAUCGCACUCGGCAGGGGUCAGAUGUACCAUUCCAAGAAGCAUUUGCCAGACUAUUUCUAAAAUCAUCGAUUUCGCUUCCGUCGGCGCCGAUAUCCCCUCUUGGAAACUAUAUCCUCAUUCAUGCAAUCAUACAACAAAUCUUCUUCGCUCGACAACUCUGUUUGUCAGCCCCACACAUGCAAGGCACCAGCUUAAGGUAUGAAGAUUUGAAUGUACUUGACAAUUCAUUGAGUGCCUGGAAAGCCCUGUGGAAACGCACACCAGAAUCCAGUAUUGACCCCCAAAACCCUGCGGGUCCUAUCGCUUUCACCUCCACAGCUUUGCUAGGGCUCGCCUACAUUCGACUCCAUGUCGACCUAGGCCCUUGUCGCCACCUCAUCACACAAGACCCAACCCAAAUCGCAGCAGCUCUGACCGAGUCACCUCCCAUUGCACGCAGUCCGCGGCUGAUCAUGGCAUUGCUUCACUCGGCACAUGCCCUUUCCAUCCCAGUACGAUUGGGAAUUGACUUCGUGGCUAGAACACACUCGUUCUUCUGGAGCAUACAGCAUUCCCUCUGCAGUCUGGAGUGCGCUUUCCUUCUUAGUCGAUGGCUACUUGCUAUCCCGGCGACCCAGUCGGAGCAGAGACUAUCGGAGCAUGAGCGCAAAUUGCUUUUAUGGAUCAAGAGCAUGAUGGAUGAAACUGAAAUGGCUGUUGAUCCGCCAGGCGCGCCUGAUAUGGAGUUCAUGUCGAACCCGUAUAAGGUACGGCAGCUUAGUGUUGCAAUUGUUCGCGUUUGGGCGCGGACUUUCAAGGGCAAUACUAGCUGGGCGAUUGUUGAUUUGGUCGGUUCAAGUUUGGAUGCGUAUGCUGAUCUUUUAGAAUGCUGA